ACAAAAGUUUUACGUAUCAAAACAUUUUGCCAAAAUUUUGGAGGAAAUCUGUUUGCAGAGCUGCUGAUCGCUCCCGAUUGCCUAGUUACACAUGAUUAGAAGUUUACUUUAAGUCCUCUGACCUCUCAGGGCCGGUAUAAAGUUAAGCAAACAAGGAAAUAAACGAAGAACAUUAAGCCAAAAUGGCGGCUGCAAAGGCUGCUAGAAGAAAUGCUCUCCUACAUAAUCUACAUAUUCCCAAUGAACCAUUUCAAGAUCCGCUGAUAGGAAGACGAACUGGUGUUCCUCUGAAUAUUAAAGCCAGGAAAGAUUCAUUUGGUUUUGAAAACAUUGAUGACUAUUUUCUAUAUUCAGAUCCAGAAGAAGAAGAAGAAGAAGUCGUUGCUCCAAAUACACAAGGACUGGAUAAAGAUCUUGUGAAGGAAAAUGCCAAUCUGCAUCCAGAGGAGGAUGAAGAUGUGUUUGAGAAAGUUGCAGAUGACCAUCCACUGUCAGGUGAUGAUGCUCAACUGAAAAAGUCAUCUCCUGAAGAGAGGGAUUCAGUGGAUAGACUGAAACAGAAUAUUGGGUCUCCUAAUAACACUGGAACUGCAAUUAAAAACCCGGCCUCCAGAGAACCAACUCCACGGUUAAGAGGACCAAUUAGCAAGAGGUUGUCAUUCAUAACUGGGCAAUCACCAAUUGAAUUAAAAGACGAUCAAGUACAUGCUGGAGAUUCAUCGGAUGACAAAUGUGCAAAGACUAGUGGUGAGGAGGUUGGAGAUAGUGACACUGAAAUUGACGUUGUUAAUGAGGAUCCACAAAUGGUAAUAGAGAAAACUGUCGAUGAAACUUCUUAUAAAAAGAAACCUAAAUCAUUGAAAAAGACCCCUGCAGUAACAAAAAAGCACAGAAUUGAGGCUGAUGAAAGUGAAGAUGAGGGCAUCAUUGAUAUAACAGGAACUGAAGAAGAUACUUUUCUAACCAUUGGGAAUAUAUCUCGUGCAGCGAAGACCAACACAGCUGUCCAUAAAUUGCCGCUGCCUGCCCAGGCUGAUAGUUUUGUCAUGAGUGAGAGUUUUGUGUUGGAAGGAACAAAACACAAGUCUAUGUCUCCAGAGUUUGGUUCUAGUUCAGACUGCCAGGAUGAGCCAGCAACUAAAGGAUAUAAAUCUCGAAUACCUGUGUUAACAAAGGGAUAUCCAAGCAAUAAGGCAGCACUAAAAGGGCCAGUCAAAGGAAAAAAGGCAAAUGUGACUAGAGAUCCAGAGAGUGUAAUGGUUUCAGUGGUGGGACAAGGUGAUGACGAGGAGGAAAGAACAGACUUGACAGUUACUGAGAAAGAACAAGCGAGGCCACUGCAGGGGAAACGUACAAGAGGAGGGACGACAAAGAAUGUGGAAGAGCCCCAUGAACUAAAGACAAUAAAGGGAAGGGGAAGAAAAAUUGUACCAAAUAUCACGCAUCAGACAAGCAGGGUAACCAGGGGAAGCAAGCAGAAAAAUGAAAAUGGCAACAAAGACGAUGAAGAAGUUGAUAAUCAAAAGGAUGAUGGUGGUUUUAAAAAGGCAGCAGUUCGAAAGGGAAAACCAACGAAGGAGAACAAGGGUAAAAAGAAGAAGGAGCAAAUAGAAAUUGUGGGAAAAGGAACCGAGCAACAAGAUGGAGUGGAUACAAUACAACUCAGGGGAAGGAAUAUCAGAGGGCAGAGGAAAAGAGGGAAAGAUGACAAAGUUCAUGAACAGAAUGGAAAGGCAGAAGCACUGCAAGUGACAGUUGAUGAUGAGGACGAUGAAAAUUUUGAACGUGGAAAGAUGGAUUUAGGGCGAACAGGGUUGGAGACCGAAGGAACUGGAAGAGACGAGGAAUCGUCAGUGGUCCAAAGAAAGGAGAUGACCAGUAGGACUAAGAAAAGUGAUACCAAUCUGACUCAGGGUUUUGGAAAUACUGGAGCAAGGAAGUCCAAAGGCAUUGCUAGAGUUCAGAAACUGGAAGAAAGAGAAGGGGGUGACGAUAUGUCGAAGAAAAAGAGAGGAAAACGGGGAAAAGGAAGAAGAAAAGAUGAAGAAACUACUGCCAAAGAGGACAGUCGAGUCGUUGACAUUGCAGCAGAGUUGGACGAAGCGCAAGAUGAUGACUUUGAGGAAAAUACCAAUGAGUUUGAGAAAACAAAUGAUGUUUCCGUGAGGAGGAUGUCCAAUGUGUCCAGUAAUGUUUCUUCAAGCUCCGAGUCUUCAAAGAAGACGAGCAACGGUGUCGCGAGCAAGCGAAGGAAGGUGUCACGGGUACUACCACCAUAUGCAAGGAAACGAAGAGCAGGUAAAGCAAACAACUCGAAAGACUCCUCCAAGACGAGCAGUUACGACUCUACUGAACUAAGCGUGGACGCUAAAAAACGAAGAUUGCAGGACGAAGCGAAUGAAACGAGCACUGCAAAGGAUUCCCCGAGAAAGGACACCAAAACAAAUGCUGGUAAAACUAGUAGAAAUAAACGAGAUACGAGGAAAUCCGGAGCAAAGAAGAACUCUUUAACAACAGACAACUUUAAUGAAAGAGCUGAUGUAAAUGAUUUAUCGCAAGGAGUAGAAGACGACAACGGUUUUUUGGACGCUCCAGCUGAACCAGUAACAGCGUUGAAGUCAAUUCUUAAAUCUGGAGGCAAUGUGCGACGAUCAACUAAAGGUUCCAGGAAGCGUCAGAUGACAAUAGGGAAGUCACACUCGGGCGGUAGUGACGCCGAUGACGAGAGCCUACAACCUGCCAAGCAGCCAAACAGAAAAAGUCUUUCUUCCGUCAGUUUUGCUUCAACCCCAUUCGUUCGUGGAUCACCGUCUGUGCCAGCAAACGUUUCCCCUAUUAGUCUAUCGUUUGCGUCUAAGAACAGCUCUUACAAAUCCGCAGAUGGGACAUUUACCCCCGGAAGUGCUCGAACUGUCAGAUCAUCUGUGGGUUCUGCCAGUGGCUCCAGUGUUGGUGAUAACUCUAAAGUUGAUCCUGAAGAGGAGGUCACCAUCACAAAUGAUACCGCGCAACCAGAAGUUUCUCCUAAUGAACAGCAUACUAGGAGAAGCAAACGCACCAUCGUGCCGCCUCUUCAAUACUGGAAAAACGAGCGAAUAGAUUAUGAGCGACGAAAAUCAGGUGGCUGGUGCAUAAAGGGCGUUAUAAAAAAUCCAACUCCAACACCAAAGUACAGGAAGAAGCGGAAACAAACAGUGAAACUUUACCGCUUGUCGUAUUUGAUUGGAACGAAUCGGCUGCUUAUCUUUGAAAAAUAGCUCUGUAUAUUUAAUGUCGAUUGUUUAGUCAGAUCAAUGAAAAACUGCAAUUUUACUUUUACGCGCAUUUGACUUUUGGAAAAUGCUGAUGAAGCCCUGAAAGGCAAAAUAAUGUAUCGCAUAUUCACAGACUUAAGGCAAGCAGUGCGUGCAAAACGUAUGAAUUAAACGUUAGGCUUGUCCUU